AUGGAUAUUCACCACAGAUACCCGCAGGCCGUGGCUCUACCAAUUCUAUCUAUUUUCUCCAUUGCUCUCGCUAUUCCGCCAUUAAUUCUGCAUGGAAAGAACCGAAAUUUCCCUGCUACUAGUCUGAUAUUCUGGUCAAUCCUCCUCAACUUGUUCAACAUCAUCAAUUCUCUCAUAUGGCCCACGGACGACGUGGCGUCGUGGUGGGAUGGAGCUGGUCUCUGUGAUAUCGAGGUCAAGUUUAUGGCUGCCGGCUACGUGGGCAUCCCAGGAAGCCUGGCAUGCAUCUUUCGAAGUCUUGCAAUCGUACUGGAUACAGACCGGGCCACAUUAGUCCCGAGCAGAGGUCAACGCUGGCGCAACCAGUGCAUGGAGAUUCUGUUCUGCGUUGCUGUUCCAGUCACCGCAAUGAUCACACAUAUCAUCUGGCAGAAGAGCCGAUACUUGCUAUUUGCCAUCUCGGGAUGUGUGAACAACUUCGACGAGAGCUGGGUUAGUCUCGUCUUUGCAUGGAUCUGGCCGCCGAUUAUCUGCCUCAUUGCAGCAUAUUAUUGCUGCCUGGUCCUCAUCCGCGUACACAAGUACCGAAGCGACUUCGCAAACAUCCUCCGCGCCUCCAGCAGCAACCUCAGCAAAUCCCGCUUCCUCCGUCUCUUCUUCCUGGCCCUAUCAAUGCUUGUCUGCAUCCUCCCACUUCAAGGCUACGUCGUCUACACCGACAUCAUCCUCUCCCUCCCCUGGCACAGCUACUCCUGGAGCAGAAUCCACAACGGAGAAUGGAACACCAUCACCAAAGUCCCCAUCGACGGCACAGUCUUCUUCGACCGCUGGACCCCCGUCGCAUCAGGCUUCAUGAUCUUCAUCUUCUUCGGCUUCGGCCGCGACGCAACCCGCAUGUACCGCACAGUCUUCUGGUACCUCGGACUGGGCUACUGCUUCCCGAGCAUCGAGCCCCCAACCGAUACGCACAACUCCGGCCCUUCAGCGGCGCACGCCUCAACAGCAACCACGCUCGUCGGCAGCAUCGGCUCCCGUGCGAAAUCAAUGUUCUCGCGACAGAAGGAAUCCUUCGCUACGUUUGUCUCGACGCAUGGCACAUACAACGAUAUCGAAAAGGGCUCUUCCUCGCCCUUGUCCCGUUAUACCAGGUCUACCAGGAACUCGCGCUGGAAUAGCUUGCCCUGGUCGCUCUUUAACAGACGCCAGACUCGUCAGGAUAUAGAUGGGACGCUGCUGAAUGACCUCCCCGUUGGUACUUCGCUGACUGUAUCCUCGAAUGCUUGGGCUAGUCGUCGUGAUAGCCGGGAUCUGUCUAGUGGACCUAGUUCGCCUAAGCUUAGUAAGGAUUUCAUUCAUGUGCGCCAGGUUAUUAGCCAGCAGAGCGAGGUCAGGAUUCAGGUCUAG